CUGUGUGGUGGCGCUCUUUGCACAUGUGUAGAACUCCGCCUACCUGCCAGCGCUUUCUGUUUGUAAAGCCAUUUCGAAGAUCUUCCGAUUUCGAGUAUUUUAAUGCUACACAAAUGUACUACAAGUACAAGUCACAACGUAUAACCAAGUUUUGAACCAUAAGAAAAAAAUCUAGGAGGUUUUUCUACUUCAACUCGCUGGGUCGAAAUAACAAAAUGGAAGGGGGAGCUUACGGAGCUGGUAAAGCGUCGAGUUCAGGAUUUGAUGCCGCUGGUGUCCUUAGGAAACCUCAAGUUAUUUUGCGUGCAGUAGCAUGGCUGUUUUCUAUCAUUGUGUUCGGAUGCAUCGCAAAUAAGGGAUGGAUUUCUCUACCAGGGAACCCAUACCAUAUUUGUUUCUACAAUGCAGAUGGAAAUGCCUGCAAUUUUGGGAUCGCCGUUGGAGUCUUUGCCUUCCUUGCUUGUAUUGGGUUUCUUGUGGUUGAUGUGAUGUUUGACAACUUAAGCAACGUGCAGAUGCGCAAAUAUGCAGUCAUAGCUGAUUUAGCAUUUUCAGGCCUGUGGACGUUCAUGUGGUUUGUUUGCUUCUGUUACCUAACUGAUGCUCUGAGACGUGCUUCUAUCCCAUAUGGAAUUGGCCAGGCUCGAGCAGCCGCUGCUUUCAGCUUUUUCUCCAUUAUUCCUUGGGCUGGUCUUACAGUUCUUGCCUUUAUGAGGUACAGACAGGGCUCCCAGGCUGCUUUCUCCCAGAACUAUGAGCCUGAUCCUAGUGUGCCCCCACCAGCCUCACAGAUCAGUGGCGGAGACUCCUACCAACAACCACCUUUUGGAGAGAAGACGGAGGUGCCAGAUUCACAAUUCCAGUCGCCGACUUACUAAGUGAGCUGCUCUACGCAAUGUGAGCUGCCCCACGCAGUGAAAGUCUACAGAGGUGUGAACUUAAAUUUCAGAGGAAAUUUAUCAUAGCUUGGGCAUGAUUACAUGUAAUAUCGGUAUUACACCUAGAGGGGAGCUGUAACAAGGUACUACAUUUAGUCUUAGGGAUUGAACUUCGUGGUGAACCUUUUUGUGUAAUACUUUCCAUGAUAUCAGUACAUUAUAUACAUGUACAUGUAAUUGUGUGCAUCUUUUUUCUCUUAUUUUUGGAUUUUUUGCAAUCUUGACAAAAUGGUUUGACUGAUAUGGAAUUUAUUCCACGUGAAGGUGAUUAAACACAAAAGUGUUUUUUUCCCUUGCAAAAUGAGGAGUUAGCAAUAAAUCAGUGGUCUGAAUGUGAGUUCUUAACAUACAUGUACGGUAUGACUUGUGUGGAUGGAAUGGGGACUUUGUUUGCAUAAAAUGUUAUAUCCAUUCAAAAUGACGUUGUUUACUUGGAAAGCGCCAAUUUCUGUUUUGUGUUCACUUAGAUAUUUGUUGUGCCAUACUUUGAUAUGCAUGCAAUUAUUUAUGACCUUAUUGUGCAAAUUAAUGGGGACAAAUAAAAGACUUGUGGAGUAAAGCUCAUGCAUAAAGCAUUCAUGUGUGAAAAUUGAUAGUACGUACUGGUUGAUGUGAAGUUACAUGUACGUGUAUAUGAUGUAAAUACCUUGUACUGCUGACAAUGUGCAAGGUGGCUGUGUUAUGAACAUAAUACAUGUACAAGUACAUGCCUGUUACAUGUACCGUACAUGCAUUCAGCCAUAUUAACGCAUAGCAUAUAAUGUACACUUUCAUUGAAAGUACGUGUAAGUGUAAUUGAGAAAUGUUUCUUGAUUCCUUUUUGCAGCUUGUUGAAUUGAAUAUGAAUAAAAUGUAAAUUUGCUAAUUUGCAUAAAUAAGACUUGUUCAUAUCAUGCUCUUUUGCAUUUGAAUUGCCAGUUAUAUGCAUUUCUUGCUAAAGAUCUGGGAAUAGACAUUGGUUGGACAUGUUGGAUGGACAUGUAAAUAUUAUUUAGUUUUGGAUGAAAAUGACUGGGAAAAACUGUCAAGAAAUGUGUUCAGGUGCAUUUAUCCUGUAUAGAAAUAUGAUUUGUGAAAGAAUGAUCAGGUUCCAAGAAGAAAAAUGCAGAACUUUACAUUUACAUACACAGUGAUACAUGUUUGCUAAUCAAAUCCCAAGAACAAAAUGACAAAAACCUGUAGACACUAGACAGUUUGUAUUUGUUGUGAGAGAAGAGAGAAAUAGAUUUGGCCGAUAAGCGUUCGCAACAAGUCAAGUAUGGUGCAUGCAUAGUAAUAAAAUGUUGGUAAACGUCAAAUAAUUUGGUGUUUUUCUUAUCUUGAUUGAGAUGGAAUCAACAUUUUUUAUAGGUACAUUAAAGUAGAUGUUUUGUAACUGUUACGAGUUUAAGGCAUUGUGACAUGGGUGAAAUUUCUUUUUUCUUUCAAUUAUUAUGUGGGAAUUGUGUUGACCCCUGGCACCCUGCAAGCUUUACCUUCAGAAUCCAGAAGCAGGCCUGGAACCUUUCAGUCUUGUAUGAGACAGAUAGGACAAGGUCUGGCGCCGGCUAAUGGAAUGCAGUUGUCUGUAAGAUCAUUUCCAAGAGGCACCAGGGAAAGACUUGUGUUUGUUUGAAAAUGACCUGUAUUGCACCUUUGAUGUUCCAUCGCUUGCUGAAGAGGUUUUCUGUACUUCAUUAACCAACUUUUAAUUUAAAUCAAGUUCAGCAAGGCUGACUUUCCAUAAUGAAUAUUACUGAUAUCCUUGGUCAUGUUUUUGUGUUUUAAUUUUAACACAAAUGAAAAUAACCCUUCAUUAAUUCAUGAGCCUAUAGAUGGAUCAAAUUAUGUUGUCUAGGGAUACACCAAUUUUCAAUCGGUGACAAGUAGAUUUGUUUGUUUAGAGGUUUUAUUGACAGCUAGUGCUUAGGUGGUUUCUUUCAAGAAACUGUGUUACUUUACACAGCGUAUUUAAACCAAUAUACUUACUGUAAUUUGCAUAGGCAUAAGGGAUGGGAAAAUGUACAUAUAUGUUCCAACUUUAAAUUGAAAUUUGUUGGUAGGGUAAAUGAAGUCAUGGAGUAAUGUUUGGUCAGGUCUGCUGUAGGCCUUUAGUUUUAUAUUUAAAAGAUAUUACUAAAAUAUUGUGGCUUUCUAUGCUAACAAAUAAGGUUUGGUUAAAAAAACAGAAAGAAUUCAACUAGGCAUUAUCACCUGGCAUCAUUGAGCUCAAAAUACAUACUUCAGUAGUAAUGACUGUGCAGUAACUGCUCAAAUGACUAGAAUUACGCCACUGUUUGAGUUAUAGAAAUUGUAGCCUGUUUAGCAUUUUUAUACAUUGCUGAUUUUCACUAUUUCCUGACAUUGAUGGUUGUGUGUUUAGCCAUGUCUGCAUUGCGCAUACACGUAAAGGCAGUUUGCAUGUAGGUGAUUGAGAUUCCUGGUUGAAAGACAUGGAAUUUUUGGAAGGUUGUAGCUCUCAGAAUAAACUUGUUUCCUUUUUUCCAUUCUCAACCUAGGCUUUUUGUGCGGUUAAUAACAUUAACCCAAACCUUGCCAAGCCCAACAAGAUUCCAUGUGAUGGACCCUAAACCUCUGCAUGUGGUUGGAGAUAAGUUUUUAGAAUUUGAGCAAGUUAUACAUUUUUCUAUUAAUGUUAUAAAUAUGCAUAUGCAUUGAGUAACACAUACAAAUGCUUUAGUUAGUCCAGCUAAUGAGUACAGUUUUUCUCGACCAAAGAUCAUGAUGAAGCUGAAAUAUUGUGAGCUAAAAAGUGUUAACUGUUAUCUAUGAUUAUACUGUAUUCAAACAUGUCUGUUUGCCUAAGUCCAGAAACAUAAAUAAAGAGUUUGCUUAAUUAAAACUGAUUUAAAAUCAGCCUGUAGCUUAAACUACACUGACUUUAUAGAAUGAUUUGUUAAAUAGUCUUGAAGAGUUGCGGUUUCGGUAUGUGUUAUAUUUUGUAGUAAUUUUUGAUGUGUGUUGAGCAGUUAUCAUGUGACGCAUAUUAUAAUAAAUAUGAGAUAACUGAAGAUUAGCAAUGUGGUAUACAAGCACCAGGGCUCAAUGUGACGAAAUUCUUCAAAAAUUUUUUUCAAAAUUCUUUUACUUCUUUAAACUGUGUAGUGGUUUACCUUGGUAAUUAAGUGGUGUAAUUCAUGUAGUUGAAGUAAUAGACUGUUGUGAUUAUUAUCCUACAUUACAUUAUUAUCCUACGACUGAAUCACAGAUACUUGUAGAACUUACUGCUGGGUCGACAUAGAGAAGCCCUUUGUUGGUUUCAAAAUGGUCGCAACGCCAUACAACACUUGCCAUGCAAUCACUGUGUUAUCAAAAAAGUCCAUGAACUUUGGCAGAAUAGUCCAUAAACUCACUGGUUAUAACAACUUAAA